AAUAUACAUUAAUUAUGGUGAAUACACAGUUUGCGUUAUCAUGGGAAGCUCACAAAAAGAAUGUAUGCAAUGGUUUAAGUUCACUGCAACAGAAUGGUGAAUUUGUAGACAUGACUUUAGCUGCAGAUGGUCACAUGGUGAAAGUGCACCAGAUUGUCAUGGCACUGGCUAGCCCCUACAUCAAGGAUCUUAUAGCAUCAGCACAGUGCCCUCAUCCUGUCAUAUUCUUAAAUAGAAUAUCUUACUCAACAUUAUGCUUAAUACUUGAGUACAUAUACACGGGGGAAGUGCUGGUGAACAGUGAGGACUUGAAUCAACUCAUAGAAGCUGGCAAUGAAUUACAUAUAAAGGGAUUGGAAGACAUGAAAAUGAGCCAGUCUGCCUCCAGUAAUCGGACCUCCGUUCACUAUGAAUCUAAUGCACAAUCACAAAAUGAAGAUGAAGAUGUUUGUUUCUUUGAGAUUAGUGAUAUACCAGAAAAAGAUUCUAAGUACCAGAUAUAUACUAAAAAUAUGAAUUAUGAGGAAAAAGAAUGUAUUUUGGGCACAAUAGAUAAUGUGAAGUCAGUAGACGAGUCCUUCAUGGAGUUGCAAGAAGACAUGGAAAGCAAUGUUGUGGCAAUGACAGAUACGGAUCACAAAAUCGACACAGUUGGUAGUAAAAAUACCGGCGUUAUGCAGUAUACAGUGUCAAACCAGGGCAGCUUACAGAUGAUUCUGAACAGAUACGUUUACUACCUGAAGCAUACGAACCGUAACAACAGUAGGCAGUGGCGGUGUGUUGACUACGUCACGUCUAUGAAGUGUCCGGCGCACGUGGUUACUAAAGACGACGUUGUUGUUCAAAGGAUUGCUGCACAUAUUCAUCCUUUCCACGACAAGAAAAUCCUUAAGAAAGUUCACGCAGGUUCAAUAUUUUCCGCAAUACAUGAAGCAGAAAAACAAGGAAAUGCACUAGUAGGUAAUAAACGAGCAAAACUAGCACUUGCUACAGAAGAUUGGAGUGCGAGUGUAGUAAAUAAAUGA